AUGUUGAAAACGGAAGAGACAGUGGAGUCGGAGGAUGCAGACUCGGAACAUGCUGCGUAUGCUCGUCGCCUGCUGCAAGCUGCUGGAAUGAAGGCCAAGGCAAACAUCAACCUGCAGGAAGCUAUCGAUAUAUUUCGCAGGCAGAAGGUCCGAGAAGUCGUGUUCUACGCCUGCUUCCUGCUUCUUUUCACGACAUCUACAUACCUUCAGCGCGAUGUUCAUGAUGCAUACAACUAUGUCGACACGGGCGGGGGAUAUGCCAUCGACAUCCCCGUGAACUACACGAGAGGAGAAGUGUUGAGCAUGUUCAAGUACCUCGAGUCGCAGAGAUGGACAGACCGAAAGACCCGAGCCGUCAUGUUCGACAUCAACCUUUACAACCCGUUCUUCAACUACUUCCUCUCCCUCCGCCUCCUCUUUGAGUUCACCUUCUACGGUAAAGUAGUUCCCGAUGUCUUCGAAUGGAACGCUCUCGGUGCAAGGUUUUGGAGAAACCCUUGGAAAUGGCUGAACCUUAUGAUGUAUUUGGUGUUUUUCAUCAGUCUAGCGUUUCGGAUACAAUUCCUGAUCAUAUCGAUACCAUACGUGAAUUCAUCACAGCAGAAAGACGACAAGUUUGCGGAGUUAGACUUCGAGAAUCUAGGAUGGAUUUACUCACAGAUAUGGAAUUGGACUUCGUUCAACAGCAUCUUCGUUUGGGGUCGAGCUUUUAGCUUCAGCAAGUUCACCAACGAUCGGUUUGCAAACAUCUCAUACACGAUCUUCAAGUCCUACGAUGACUUGACAACACUCCUCGUGGUGAUCUUUUUCUGCAACAUUGUAUUCGGGGUGAGCUUCUUCGUGGCAUAUGGGAUAGACGUGUCCAACUUCUCUUCUUUUCUCGAUUCUUGUUACGAGCAAUACAAGAUGAUGAUGCGCGGAGACAACAACUUCACUUCCUUGAUGCAGUCAAAUGCAAUCCUGGCUUCCUUCCUCUUGUUUCUCUUUCAGAUCAUCUGCACUUUCGGUCUGGUCAGGAUCUCGUCGGCCAUUCUCAACCAGAAGUUCAUGCAGGUGUCUAGAAACGGCAUAGACGACCCCAUGGCCACCAAGUUUCGCUCGAUGAUGAAGAAGCUGAUCCUGCGGAGGUUCCGAGCAAUGUUCUACUGGGGAAAGAAGACGGACACCGAUAGGUUCAAUGAGGAGAGAGAGAAAGAGUACGAGGAGCUCCUGCUGAUGCCGUCCCUCGAUCGAGAUUGGGAGGAGUUGCAAGAAGUUCGAGAGAAGCUGGGAAAGUUUGAACUCAAGGUGACCGAGCUCUCGUCGCUGGUUGAGACCCUCGAGACCAGAGUCGCUCUCCUGUCAAAGUUCCUGUCCGACGAAAACAGCAGCGGUGCCGCGGGCAAGUCACCGAAACAUGCAUGGAAGGACGAGGGCGAUGGAGGGCCCGAAGAAGAAGGAGAAUAUGUUGCCUUGGCUGGGAACAAAGCAAUCCUCCCGCCUCAUUGGCGGCUGGAGCACGACGACAAGGGAAACAAGUUCUACUACAACACCAUUACAAGGACGAGCCAAUGGGACCCUCCUGUUGUUUACAUACACAAGCGACACGUCCGCUGA